ACAAACACCACUUCACCAUCUUCAUGCCUCCUUCAACCACACCCUUCCUCAUCUUCAUCCUAUCCACUCGUCUCAGUGCCAUAUAAUCGAAAAUUUGGGGUUUCUGGGAUGCUGGGACUUCCCUUCAAUCGGAGGAGGAGGGUUCCUUUCUUGACCAUGUGCAUGGAUUGAUAAAAAGCACUUCGGGAAUCUCUACCUAUUGAAAGGAAUUACUCUCCAGCGAUUUGUUGGAGAUACUUUUGGAGAACUUUGAUGCGUGCAGUCAAUCAAGAUGCUGAAGAAGCAACUGUUGAAACUGAUAGUCCAAUCCGAAAAACAGAUUCUUACCAAGAUGGAAGAAGAACUACUUCCACGGUGUGGGACCCAAGUAUUGAAGCCUGGUCUCAAUUCGCGAUUAGAGUCUCUGGUGAGUGGGAUGGAUUUGGAGCAGACUUCAGUAAUGAAGGAAAGGCAAUUGAACUACCCGAGUCCGUGGUGCCUGAAACAUACCGGGAGUGGGAAGUUCAAGUAUUCGAUUGGCAGACUCAGUGCCCCACUCUUGCUGAACCAAAUGAACGUGUUCUUCAAUAUAAAUCCAUUCAGUUACUUCCAACUGUGGGAUGCGAGGCUGAUGCUGCUACGCAGUACAGCGUGGAUGAGAGGAAAGUGGGAGAAGGAAAUAGUGGACUUACUGCCUUUGCUUACCAAUCCAGUGGUUCUUAUGUUGCUGUCUGGCAAAAGAAAGAUAACUUACUAGAGUUUGAGUGCUGCAUGGUCAAUCCUCAAGAUUGUGAAUCUCGGGUUAGAGUUAUACAGUUUAUCCAUGUAUUAAAUAACACAGAGAUGGUGCUACAGGGUAUUAGAGUAUUUCGUGAGCGAUGGUAUGGGCCAUUCAGAAAUGGUGAUCAACUAGGAGGUUGUGCUAUGCGUGAUUCUGCCUUUGCUGCUACCGCACCCAUGAUUGCUUCCGAUGUUGCUGGUAUCUGGAAGGGAUCUACUGCUGUCGCCAGUGUUAGCACUUCAAAUACUGGGAUCUUUCAGGAGCUUUUUGAUGAGAAAGUACAGGACUCUGUCAGAGAUGGAGACAGCAACAUAUUACUUCCUAAGCAGCUGUGGUGUUCACUUAAACAAAGCAAGGAAGGUGAAACACUGAGCGAAGUGGGAUGGCUUUUAGAUCAUGGACAGGCAAUCACAUCAAGUUGCUUAUUCUCAAAGACUGCAAAACCACAGGAAAUAUCAAUAGCAUUAGAAACUAGAGCUUUGGAAUAUGCAUAGCCGGCUAUAUUGGCAACCCAUUCUGAUCCAAAUUUCUCUCCAUCCUAAAAGACAGUACUAUCCAAGGUGAUUUAUUCAAAUAUGAAUAGUUAUAAUUAAGAGAGAAAGAUAGAAAGAAAAAGGGAAGAAGAGAGAGGUGUAUAAGAUUUUACUUAUAAACUAAAAGCUUUCCGUAUAUAUAAUUUAUAUUUCAUGGCAAA